AUGGCUCCCUCGGGUUUUCGACAGUGCAUGCGCCAUGUCAGCCUCUACCUCAUUGUCUUGAUUCUUGUCUCGACCUUGGGCCCCCUGCAGUUCGGCUUCCACCUUGCCGAACUCAACGCACCUCAGGAUGUUCUCACCUGCCGGAAGAAGUCCAUUGCCUCCAAGAGCAUCAUGCUGAAAUGGGUUCAUGCCAAGUCCCCCGACACCGAUAGCUGGCUUCCCGACUGUAUUCCCAUGACCGAUGCCGUUUUCGCGACCGUCUCCUCCAUAUUCACCGUCGGCGGCCUCGUUGGAGCUCUCUGCGCCGGCCCCUUCUCCUCCAAACGCGGCCGACGUCCUGCCAUGCGGAUUACCGCCAUCUUCUUCGUCAUCGGCGCCGUCAUCGAGACGCUCGCUGGAGGGGCUCCCGCCUUGGCCAUCGGCCGGUUCUUCACAGGCGCCGCCGGUGGCGCGUCGACUGUCAUCGUCCCGCUGUACAUUAGCGAGAUUGCGCCACCCAAAGAGCGCGGUCUGUUCGGGGCCAUGACCCAGGUCUCCAUCAACGUUGGCAUUCUGACUGUCCAGACACUGGGCUUCUUCCUGAGCUACGGCAGGGCAUGGCGGUGGAUCCUGGCCGCGGGCGUCUUCGCUGCCCUGGGCCAGGCCUUUGGUCUCUUGCUGAUCCCCGAGAGCCCCGCCUGGCUCGCCGCCAACGGUGACAUUCCGAGAGCACGCCGCACCCUGCAGCGGAUCCGCGGCAAGGACUUUGACAUCCGCGAGGAAGUCAAGGAUUGGGAUGGAGAGACCAACGCCGAGCAAGAGGGUCUUCUGGCCCAGGCCGACGACGCGCCGCCCGUGUCUCCUGCUCUCUCCAAGCAUAGCUCGCCUGUUCAUCUCGGCUUCUUUCAAGUUAUCAAGGACCCGGUAACCCGCCCUGCCAUCGCUGCCGUCGUCGGCAUCAUGUUUGCGCAGCAGCUGUGUGGCAUUAACUCCAUCAUCAUGUACUCCGUGUCUUUGCUGACGGACCUGCUCCCCGUGAGCUCGGCCCUGCUGACGAUCCUGAUCUCCGUGGUCAACCUCAUCACCACCGCCGCAUGCUCUCCGCUACCGGACAAGCUUGGCCGUAAGAGGUGCAUCCUGAUCUCCAUCAUUGGACAGGGCAUCAGCUCGUUCAUUCUGGCUCUAUCAAUCCGGCUUGGAGCCAAGAUCCUGUCGGCCGUGUCGGUUGUGACCUUUGUGGCCUUCUUCGCGGUCGGCCUGGGGCCAGUCCCCUUCAUCCUUGCCUCGGAGCUGGUUGGACAGGAGGCCGUUGGCGCGACCCAGUCUUGGUCUCUGGGGUCCAACUACAUCGCGACUUUCCUUGUCGCUCAGUUCUUCCCCAUCACUAACAACGCGCUCAACCAUUGGCUUGGGGGUGCCGGCUGGGUAUACUUCCUUUUCGCCGGCUUUGCUCUGCUGUUUGCUAUUUUCGUCUCAGUCAAGGUUCCCGAGACAAAGGGCAAGAAGGAUGCCGACGAGGUUUGGGGCCGAGCUCGACGCCUCGAUUAA